ACCACAAUGUUAUGAUUAAGACUAAAAUGACUGUGCCGGCAUUGAAGACUCUGUUUUGUGCCCUGCGUGGCAUACAAGGCACAGGAAGGAACACAGCAUCACAUGAUGCAAUGACAGCUAAGUAACCUGCAGGUGGGUAGUAGUUUCCAUUCUGUCUCAUUCUCACCACCAUGGAGGACACUGGAAGUGAUUCUGAGAGCAUCUAUAUGAACAUCGAAGAUAUUGAGAAGAGGGCCAGUCCGACUAAAGUCAGUGACAGUGUCUAUCUCAACACUUUGGCACAGAAACCAGGUUCUGAAGCUGUUUCUGAGGGGAGGCAGGUACGCUCUGGUAGGCCAGCUGCAGUGUGUCUGGGGCUGCUUUGUGUUCUCCUGCUGGCUGUUAUCACAGGCCUGAGUGUAACACAUAAUGCAGAGAGAGAGCAGUUAUGGAACAGGUACAACAACGUGACUGUGGAGAGAGACCAGCUAUUGGACGCUAACAGUAACCUGACAUUAGAGAGGAAGAAGCUGCAGAGCAGCUGUGAAGUCCUGACCAGGGAAAGAGAUGCACUUCGGAGAAAUCUUUCAGAUUAUGAGAGAUUAUUUUUACAAGAGUGGAAACAAUUUGGAAGCAGCUAUUACUACUUCUUUAAUAAGGAGAAGAGCUGGAGUGCAGCCAGGCAGGACUGCAGAGAGAGAGGAGCAGAUCUGGUGAUCAUAAACAGCAGAGAGGAACAGGAGUUCAUUAAAAAGGAAAACAAAUAUGUGUGGAUUGGUCUGAGUGAUGCGAAAUCAGAAGGUCAAUGGAAGUGGGUUGACGAGUCACCACUGAGCACUGCAUUCUGGAGGAGCGGUGAACCCAAUAACGCUAAUGGAGAUGAAAACUGCGCUGUUUUCUCUACCACUGCUGAUACACUGAAGGCAUGGAAUGACAUUCCCUGCUCUUAUGAAGCAGGCUGGAUCUGUGAAUCCACACAGCCAUAUGUCAGAAGACUUCAGUAGAUACAUCCCUGUAUAGAGGGUUUUUCUUAUGUUUGGCCUAUUUGUAUAAGAAAAGUGAAGAUAUCAAAGUUUGAAAUAACAGACAAGGAGUUAUGCAGUAAUCAUUUAAAAAUAUAUAUUUUAGGCCUUCCUUCAGGUAGCCUUAUGAGAACUGGAGGUGUGCCACAUAUGCAGAGAUGGUGUUGGCUGCUAACUCAUGUAAGAGGGCUUUACAUGACAAAAACAAUCAUUUAAAUGUUUAAUUUUACAUGCAAAUUCUUACAUAGGCUUGACCUGUGCUGUAUAUGUUUAUAUAACACUGUUUUAAGCAUGUAUAUGAUGUAUGUAUAUGUAUGUAUAUUUUAAGUCUGUAUAUGAAAAUGUCUUCAUGAUUAUCAUAAUCAUGAUUAUGAUACUUUAUUGAUCUUCAAAGGGAAAUUUGGGUGCUACAGUAACUGUGAUAUUUGGGAUGAUACUAAAUAUAAUAACUAUAUUUCAUCCAAUGACAUUUAUUUGUGUUUAACAUUUUUAUUUGCUGAAGUGUCACAUUUGUUUAAUACACUUGAAACAUUAUGUAACAUGGCAUUAUGUCAAAGUCUUUACUGCCAAACGUUGGAAGAUUCAACAAUUUAUGUUAAUGUUUGUACAAAUAAAUGAUUAUGAUGUAAACAAAGUCAUUCAGAGUGGCUUGAUGUGAAAUUCUGUUCUAAAGAAAAUAACCAGGUCAGAAUUAUUCAGUCAUAGUGAUAAGAACCAGACGUCUGAAGAGUUUAAUGACCUUGAAAGCUCCCUCACAGAAAGUUAAUAUGUGAACUGAUCGCAAUAUUCUGUCUGAUGCUUGUGACACUGUUUUACAAUUGUAUAAUAAAAAGCUUUUAACUUAAAA